GUCCGUACAACCCUUGCUGUGGGGCAUCCCUCCCUGGGCAUUAUUGCUGUAAUGGAAACCCUACCCAUGGCGUCUAUUUCUCUUGGAAUCUUUAAGAAGCUCCCCCACCCACUCUCUCCCUUCUUAAUUCACUAGCUAGCUUUUCUCUCCUCUCUUCUUCUUCCUCAUCCUCAUCCUCAUCCUCAUCUUCUUUUACUUCUCCUCAUCGAUCAUGGACUUGGUUUCUCCCUCGGAGCACCUUUGCUACGUUCGUUGCACCUACUGUAACACCGUUCUCGCGGUUGGGGUUCCAUGCAAGAGGAUAAUGGACACUGUUACUGUGAAAUGUGGACACUGCAACAAUCUCUCCUUCCUUAGCCCAAGGCCUAUGGUGCAACCCGUUUGCCCUACUGAUCAUCAACAAAUGUGUUUUCAGGGUCCCUGCAACGAUUGUAGGAGAUUGCAACCUUCGCCGUCUAACUCAUCGAUGUCAAGCGAACAGACAACCACCAAAGCACCAUUUGUUGUUAAACCUCCUGAAAAGAAACAUCGACUUCCGUCAGCUUACAAUCGCUUUAUGAAGGAAGAAAUACAGCGAAUCAAAGCUGUGAAACCUGAUAUCCCUCACAGAGAGGCCUUUAGCAUGGCUGCAAAAAAUUGGGCUAAGUGUGAUCCUCGCUGCUCAACUGUUUCAACCUCUGAGAACAAUGUAGCGGUAAGAGCAAUGUCCUUUUCGCAUGAAAGAAGUAACGGUCUCCCCAUUAACAGCUUCGAUGUUUUCAAGCCAAUGGAGCGUAAGGAUUAGUUUGCGACAUCGACAUAUCAAGCUUUUACCAUCUGUGAACUUAUUGAAUUUUGCUUGUCGGUGGGAUUUUAGAUCCCCUUCUAAAAUAUGAACCUGGCCGAUACACUAUAUUUAUAUUUUAUAAUUUCAUGUUGUCAA